UCCCGACGUCAUAACCUGGUGCAAGUACUGUAGAACGGUUCGGACAAGUUCAUUCACCAUAUCAUCAUGUUUCGCACCAUCAUCACCUCCAACGCCCGCAUUUGCACUGCACCGUCCACCCGCUCCAUUCAUGCCACGUCUGCCGCUAGCAAGAUCACCGAGAAAGUGUCUGAGAUGGCUGACAAGGUGAAUAAGAAGGUUGGCAAAGGUCUUGCGUCGGCCAUUGAGACAGGUGAGAAAGCAGCGGGGAAGACCAAGGAGACGCUUGGUUCAACAACGGCUUCGGCAAAACACAAGACAGAAGACGCAAAGCAGACUACCCGGAAAACCAUGGAGCAGGCUAAGCAAAAGGCCGAUCAGGCUGCUGCUAGUGCGCGGGAAACUAGAGAUGACGUGAAGGACAGGAUGUCGAAAUAACUACCGCCGCCCAUCGCUGUUCUGUAUGCAUGAUCAGCACAUAGUAACCGGGCUAGGUUAAACGUUAUUCACACCUUAAUUGUAUUCAUCCACACCGAAGAGCACCCACGUCCACCAGGCGCCGAGUUGUCGUACAUCCUAGCAAUUUGAAUUAAUGAUCCAGGGUUGCAAACACAGUAGAAGGUUGAAAAUUUAUUAUUUCGUCUUGAGGUUUUGAAUUUCCGGUGUGACUAGAGUCCUUCGCAUCUGGCAUCCAUCAAGAUGGCAGCGGUCUUCUGAAGAGACCCGAAGAUCGCCGCGGCUAGUCUGUCAACGUCCACGAUAGCCUCGGGAAGUCUCAAGUUUGAAAUUCAAAAGAGCUUGAAGGGUGACGCGUCCCAUAACUCGAGCAGAAGCGAGCAGUGUUCACAGUAUCAUGCGAAAGUCGGAAUUCCAUUGGACCCACUACAAUGGAUUCAGCCUGGAGGUAUAUGGAGGC